AUGGACGGAGACGAGAAAAGAGACAUAUACUACAGACUUGCAAAGAAGAACAAGUACAGGGCUAGAAGUGUGUACAAGCUCAUGAACAUAGAUGAGGAGUACAAUCUGUUUCAGAACAUCGAAAAUGUUGUCGACUUAUGUGCAGCACCAGGAAGUUGGUCCCAGUAUGCAUGUGAGAAAUUGAUGAAAAAAGGUGGAAAUCCAAAGGUGGUGUCUGUGGACGUGCAGGACAUCAUACCCAUAGAGGGUGCAACAUGUAUCAAGGAUGAUAUAACCUCUACUUCAUGCCUAGAGAGUAUACUAGAAGUGCUCGAUGGGCCUAGAGCGGAUCUUGUGAUGUGUGACGGUGCACCCGACAUAACAGGGAUUCAUGAGAUAGACGAGUACUUACAGAUGGAAUUAUUGAUGUCUGCACUUGCCACUUCAUUGAGGAUUUCAAAGGCAGGGUCUUCAUUUGUAGGCAAAUGCCUUCAAGGGGAGUAUAUCUCAUGCAUGGCCAACCAUUUCGGGAGGUUCUAUAAUAAGACUGCACUACUGAAACCAAAGGCAAGCCGAACCGAGUCCAUGGAAUGCUUUCUAUAUUGCACGGGGAUGAAAGCCAUAGGUAUUGACCCUUAUGAGAUUGAUACGACUAUAGGGCGUAAUGUACCCAUACUACUCUGUGGAUAUGGGAAAGAGCCGGGACUUGAAUACAUUGUGAACCAAGAUAAAUAA